AUGUUCAAAUCACUAAGGAGGUGCUUUGGUACCACGUCGCAACUCCUCAAGCAAUCAGGUGCCUCCAAAGUAGAGAAACAUUUAGAGUAUCUCAAAAAUUACUACAACCCGGAGUUAUUAGAAAGCAUUAAACUCGCUGAGUCGGUGGUGGAUCCAAAGGAUUACUUGAACUUACAACUACAAGGCCGUGAAGGUAAAUCGAAAGUUGCCCCCCAAUUGACAUUUGAUUACUCAAAAACUGACCCUGAAUGGAAUGAGCCAAUUCUAUACCCAAACCAAGGUUUGGGCCGCACACCGUAUCCCGAAAUCCCCCAAGUACAAUCACCAGAUCGUGGUGACUUGAAAAUACGCUUUAGUAAUGCCCCAAGGGCACCAAAUGAUUCACCACAAUCAAGUACAGCUGUGAAAAAUACCAGUCAGAUUGCCAGAGAAUUGAGUCAACUUACGGGGUUGGAUGAAAAAUAUAUACGAAACUUGUACAUCAGGCCCUUGGUAAUGAAGCGUGUAUCUUUAAAGACGGCAAAGGGUAACAUUGCCAACUUCUUUGUCAUGUCUGUGGCAGGAGACAAGAACGGUAUGUUGGGUAUUGGUAUUGGAAAAUCAAGAGAUGGAAUCCGUACUGCUGCAACAAAAGCACAUUGGAAUGCAGUCAAAAAUUUGACUCCUGUAAAAAGGUACGAUAACAGAACAAUUCUCGGCUCCUUUGAACUUAAAUACCAUGCGACCAAAUUGAAAUUUAAAUCGGCGCCAAUAGGUUUCGGAUUGAGAUGUAAUAGGAAUAUCUUUGAAAUAUGCCAAGCUGCUGGUAUUAAAGACCUCAGAGGAAAAGUGCACAAGUCGAGAAAUCCAGUUUUGGUUGCACAAGGGUUUUUCAAAGCUUUAACACAGCAAAAAUCGAUUGAAGAGUUGGCAUUGAACAGAGGUAAAAAAGUUGUGGAGUUGAGAAAAGUGUAUUACUCGAACUAA